ACGCCCUGCUGAAUUAUCUUUUCAAAGGGCAACAGGACGGAAAAUUGAAAGCGUAGCCUGUCAGUGAAGGACCAUGGUUUCAAGUGGUAGCAAUCUACGGUGAUACGAGUUGUUGCACUGUACCAUGUAAAGCAGUGUAACGGGGUACCUGCGCUUGUGAGUCGUAUGCUUGAUUGCAUGCAUUCGAUCCUUUGCCCGUACACUACUGCUUCGGCUGGUUUCGUCGUCGUCACCUAGUCGACGGCAUCGUCGCCUUUCAGCAGUGACAUUGUGGAGACGUCGGGAGAAAUAAUCACACUUCCGCUCGAGGAUCGUCUUCUUCCUGUCCAUCUUCCUGCAUUGACUGUUUUGAUUCUGAUACGCAAGAUUGAGGCAGGAAGGUGCCAAUGACGAAGGACGGUCCACAAUACAAACUUCGGUGCCAGCUUCAGGGACAUGAAGAAGACGUUCGAGGUGUGUGUAUAUGUGGCGACAAUGCAAUCGCCACCGGCUCUAGAGACAAGUCAGUGCGCUUUUGGGUAGCCAAGGAUGGUGAGAAGGGAGCCUACACUUUAGACAAGACCUUGAUUGGUCACACUAGCUUCGUCGGUCCUGUAGCAUGGAUUUCACCUUCAGAGGAGUUUCCUGCGGGAGGCUUGGUUUCUGGGGGCAUGGAUACUCGGGUUGUCGUUUGGAAUCUGGAAACUUCAUCCGCAGUACAGGACUUGCGAGGGCAUGAGCUCCAGGUCACGAGCGUUUCUGUCGCCAACAACGGUGAUUUCCUCUCUGCUUCAGUCGACAGUACCAUAAGAAGGUGGCGUAAGGGUCAAACUUUGGAUGUGUUAAAGGGACACUCUGGACCUGUUCAGGCUAUUCUUUCGCUGCCCACGGGAGAAGUUGUCUCUGGUUCGAGUGACACAACGAUAAAGCUUUGGAAAGGAGCGGAGUGUGUGAGCACAUUUUCUGGCCAUUCAGAUACUGUUCGAGGGCUUUCUUUGAUGCCAAGUGUCGGCAUAUUAUCUGCUUCUCAUGAUGGCACUGUGAGGCUGUGGGCAUACACUGGGGAACAGCUAUUGGAGAUGGUUGGCCACACCGCUAUAGUGUACUCUGUGGCUGCCCACUCCUCUGGAGUUGUAGCGUCUGGAAGUGAGGAUCGUUAUGCCAAAGUCUGGAAAGGUGGUGAAUGUGUUCAGAGCAUACCACACCCAGGUUGUGUCUGGGAUGUGAAAUUCCUGUCAAAUGGUGAUCUUGUUACAGCAUGUUCAGAUGGAGUUGCGCGUGUAUGGACCACUGAUUCCUCUCGCCAAGCAGCGUCGGAAGAGCUGGAAGCAUAUGAGGCUAUGCUUCUUGCUCAUGAGUCUGAAAAGAAGACCGUAGGGGGUGUGAAGGUUGGGGAUCUACCUGGCUUGGAGGCAUUACAGCAGCCAGGUACGAAAGAUGGACAGACCAAGAUAAUCAGGGAGGGUGAUAGUGGAGUGGCCUAUUCAUGGAACAAGAACGAGUAUAAGUGGGAUAAGAUCGGAGAAGUUGUUGAUGGGCCAGGUGAUAGCCUUGAGAAGAAGACAUUACAUGGCGUAACUUACGACUAUGUUUUCGAUGUUGAUAUUGGUGACGGAGAGCCUACCAGAAAGCUGCCGUACAAUAGAGGACAGAAUCCGUAUGAUGUGGCGGAUAAGUGGCUUCUUAAUGAAGACUUGCCUUUAGCUUACAGGCAGCAAGUUGUGGAGUUUAUUCUUCAAAAUACUGGCCAACAAACUCCGCAGCAAUUUGACUCAGCAUAUGUUGAUCCUUACACUGGCGCAAGUGCGUAUGUACCCCAGCAACCCGGCUGGACUGCACCACGCACAAAUGGAUCUCCUCAAAGCUCUUCAUUCGCGUUGAAACAUGUUCCGAAGAAAGGAAUGCUGCUUUUUGAUACAGCACAGUUUGAAGGCAUAUUUAAGAAACUUACAGAGUUCAAUACAGCAAUUUCUGGCGAUGAGGCAACCAAGGCAACCGCGCUCUCUGAAGGCGAGCUGAUGAGGCUACAGGCAGUUCUUUCAAUACUUAAAGACACGUCCCAUUAUCACGUUACCACUUUCGCAGAAGCUGACUUUGGAUUACUUUCGAAGGUGCUCUUGCGGUGGCCCGUUUCGAAUAUAUUUCCAGGUCUGGAUAUUUUGAGAAUGCUUCUUCUUCAUCCACACGCAGCAGAACAUUAUGCCAAAGAUUCCAAUAUGGGGGAAGAUGUCGUCAUAGAUGCUUUGCGAAGGGCUAAUACAGCUCCAGUUAGUGCAGCGAAUCAGCUGACUAGUGCACGGGUGGCUGUGAACACCUUCCGACACUCCGUUUUAAGGGAAUGGGCCAAGAAGCAUCGUGAAGAGGUCCUAGAUUUGUUCGCCGAGUGUUAUCACUCUUCUAACAAAAACGUUCGCCUCGCGUUGGCCACUCUGAUUUUGAACUACUCUGUUUUACUAGUUGAACUGAAGGAUGAAGACGGUCAAACCCAAGCCAUAUCUGGUGCCCUAGAGAUGGCUGCGUCAACUGAAUUAGAGGCAGAGGUGCGGUUCCGGGCUCUUGUGGCCCUUGGUUCAAUUAUUCAUGGAGGGCAGGUGAAGAAUGUUGUUCAAGAUUUAGAUAUGAAGGAUAUAGCUGUCGCUGCUGUACAAUCAUCGGUGACCAAAUUAUGUGAAGUGGGCAAAGAUAUUGAGUUUCUCCUAAAAAAAGAUAAACAUAUGCCCAACAGUCUUGGAUCGUCUUCGACGUAGAAAAACAUUGAGGCAUUAGUUGGACAUGGCCUGCAUUUUGUAUAGAAUUAGAUCAAAAUCUCAGUGGGAUUUUGUAAAUUGUCAAUGCCACACAGUUGGCCACCCUUAUCCUCUUUUUGGUUCAUGUGAAAUCUAUGAAUCAUUAUUUUCACACCAGGUGCUGAGUCAUGCCGUAUGGUGAUGGUCCGCAAAUUCAGUCGCUUGCUUGUUGAGCGGGGUUAACUGUCGCAUUGUCUCCUGGACGUUUCUUAUGAAUUUUAUAUUUAUGCCACUAAGAAAAC